UGUGAGCAGUCACACGCUGCACAGCGAGUGAUGGGAGCUCACUGUGAACACUUUCUUCUAUUUACAUGUUUUUAUAGUGUAGCUAUACAUAUGUUCAUCCAUGCACAUUGCGCAUGGCAUGUCCUUAGCGGAUGUUUCUGACUGAUUUAAAAGCCUAAAAGUGAGGUGCACUUUACCAAGAUGCCCACCACCUGGAAUGUAACCUGCUCCUAUGGAAUAUAGUCCAGUCCUCCACAGUCUCCAUGUUGUGCCAUCAUCCCACCUGAAGAACAAACUCUUUUUCUUCUGCAUUAUGCUCACCUUGUGGGUCUACAUGAUCUACUGCUGUGUCGGCUACAGUUCCACCAUGCCCGGUCUGCAGGCUUACUACGGCCGCACCGAGCCCCAAGUGGACCCCCGCGCCUCCUCCGUGGGGCCGUCCAGAGACUUGCUGAAUAACGACAACGACUUGGACAGCAGAGGGGACGACUGGGAGGACGUGAGGACAGAAAAUGAUAGCAGUAAUAAUAAUGUCAUGUCGGCUUUCCUCAAUGAAUCGGAGACUAAAAAGUUGCCACAGGCUAUCAUCAUUGGGGUGAAGAAAGGAGGGACACGCGCCCUGCUGGAGUUCCUGCGGCUGCAUCCUGACGUCCGAGCGGCCGGAGCAGAGCCACACUUCUUUGACCGCAACUACGACAAGGGACUGGAGUGGUACAGGGACCUGAUGCCCAAGUCCUCCGAGGGCCAGCUGACCAUGGAGAAGACGCCAAGCUACUAUAUCACCAAGGAGGUCCCCGCUCGUAUUUACACCAUGUCUAAAGACACAAAGCUGAUUGUAGUAGUCCGUGACCCAGUCACCCGAGCCAUUUCGGACUACACCCAGACCCACUCCAAGAAGCCAGACAUUCCGUCCUUCGAGAGUCUAACCUUUAAGAACACAUCAGGUGUGAUUGAUGCAACGUGGAGUGCCGUCCAAAUUGGCAUGUACGCCAAGCACCUGGAACGUUGGCUCCAGUACUUCCCCAUGGAGCAGCUGCUGUAUGUGAGCGGCGAGAGGCUUAUUAGUGACCCUGCAGGAGAGGUGGCGCGGGUUCAGGACUUUCUCGGGCUCAGAAGGGUGGUCACAGAGGAACAUUUCCACUUUAACCCGGCAAAGGGCUUCCCUUGCUUAAAGAGGCCGGAGGGGAACAGCAAGCCUCACUGUCUGGGGAAAACCAAAGGUAGAACCCAUCCUAAUAUUGACCCAGAUGUGGUGCAGAGACUAAGGGAGUUCUACAAGCCCUUUAACAGGAAGUUUUACCAGAUGACCGGCCAUGACUUUGGCUGGGACUGAAAGGAAGAGUAGCGGGCUCAUGCUAGAUCUUUGUUUGUGUUUUUUUUUUUUUUUAAUAUAAUUGUAUCAUGCAGAAGGUGUAGAGACUAUAUUUGCCAGAUAUGUAAAAAGUCCAGAAGUCUAUUUUAUGAUAAUUUAUUGCUAUGAUUACUAAACUAUAUAACUCUAGAUUAAAUACACGCUUUAAGGUUAUAAAGAUUUUUCUCAAAGCACAAUGUUGUUACGGGUAUUUCAAGAUAGCGUUUUGCUUUUAAUUUAGGUUUUUUCCUUUUUCUUUUUUAAAAGCUGCUUCAGCGGCCCUUGCCUGAACCUGACUAUGAGAUCCAACUAGUAAUAUACCCUUAACAUUUGCUUGACCCUCGAUGGUGUAUGGACUCACUUAGUAAGGUCGAUGCAGGCCUAUGAUGAUCCAGUGUCACUCGGCCAGGUUGAUCGAUACUGUAAUAGCUCCUCAUCACGUCAAUUAGGCCUGAUGGAUGGCGCUGCCGCGAUCGUUCAAGCACUGCAAUAAAACACAGAUCCAUUAAUGUUCACGCGGGUAUGGCUGACCUUUGAGUCCAAUUCAGUUUAAUGCAAUUUAAAAUUUCCUCUGCAAUAUUUGGUGUAUAACAUUUCGACAACAGGAGACUCGUGUCCAGAUGCAUUUUGAUGGGUGGGAUUCCACCAGUGUUCCAAAGAUGCAUGUUUGGGGCGCUUUCUUCAGCAGAUAUGAUUGGUAAGAUGCUUGAGCCGCAUCCAAAUGGCUCUGAUGAAUCAUUCUGAAUGAGUGACACCAGAUGUACCUGUGAUGCCAUUGUCUACGAUUCAGCUGAUAGAGUCCACAAUAUAUGAAAAAACACAAUAAACACUGGCCAAAGAGGUUGA